AUGGAGUUUGCCAUCGUGGGUGCGGACGGCGGGUGCAACAGCCACCUGCCUUUCGGGUAUGCCCAAGCUCGCGCACGGGAGAGGGAGCACCAGGCCGCCCAGUCGCGAGCGGCGGCCGAAGGUGAGCCCGGUGCGGAAGGAGGCGGCGGAGGCGGUGUAGCGGCUUCCACCUGCACCUCCUCGAGCGCUCAUCUCCUUAACAACCGCCAGCAUCAGUCUCGCGCCGCCGCCUCCUCCUCCGCGAACGCCAACAUCAGCAGCAGCAGCGGCACCGCCUCCUCCUCCUCCUCCUCCUCCUCCUCCUCCUCGCAGCACCAGCAGGAGCCCGAGCAGCAGCAGCACAGAGUUCUCAGAGAGCGGAAAAAGCAGCGCGGCGUCGGACGCUGGAGACGCAGCCGCACGACUCUCGGUGGGGACCUGCGCCACUCGGAGCUGGCGCUGCUCGGAUCCGAGGAGGACAUGAUGAUAGAGGAGGAGGCCGAGGGAGCCGAGGAAGAGGAGGAGGGGGAGGAGGAGGAGGAGGACCGGGGAAGCAAGAGGUCGAGUUUUCUGUGUAACAUGGAUGAUGAGGAGGAGACCGUCUCGCUCACGGACAGGCGCCCGCACUCCGGAUACGAGAACGCGUACAGCGAGUGCGGCUGCUGCGAGAGGGUCGUCAUCAACGUGUCGGGUCUGAAGUUUGAAACUCAGUUCAAGACUCUCGCGCAGUUCCCGGACACCCUCCUGGGGGACCCGGACCGGCGGAUCAGGUACUUCGACCCGCUGAGGAACGAAUACUUCUUCGACCGGAACCGGCCGAGCUUCGACGCCAUACUCUACUACUACCAGUCGGGCGGGCGGUUGAAAAGACCGGCCAACGUGCCGUUCGACAUCUUCUCCGAGGAGGUGAAGUUCUACGAGCUCGGGGACGAGGCGAUCCUCAAGUUCCGGGAGGACGAGGGCUUCGUGAAGGAGGAGGAGAAGCCUCUGCCGGAGGACGAGUUCAAGCGCCAGAUCUGGCUGCUCUUCGAGUACCCGGAGAGCUCGAGCCCCGCCAGGGGGAUCGCGGUGGUGUCCGUGCUGGUCAUCGUGAUCUCCAUCGUCAUCUUCUGCAUGGAGACGCUGCCGGAGUUCAGGGACGAGAAGGAGUACCUGCAGCCGCGGGUCAACUCCACGGAGCCGGACCACGGGUUCACCCCGUUCAACGACCCGUUCUUCAUCGUGGAGACGGUCUGCAUCAUCUGGUUCUCCUUCGAGUUCGUGGUCCGCUUCUUCGCGUGUCCCAGCAAGACGGUUUUCUUUAAAAACAUUAUGAACUCAAUAGACGUUGUAUCCAUUUUGCCUUAUUUCAUAACCCUGGGCACGGACCUGGCGGAGCACCAAGACAACGGGCAGCAGGCGAUGAGCUUCGCCAUCCUGAGAAUCAUCCGCCUGGUGCGCGUGUUCCGCAUCUUCAAGCUGUCGCGACACUCCAAGGGGCUGCAGAUCCUGGGUCACACCUUGCGCGCCAGCAUGCGGGAGCUGGCCCUCCUCAUCUUCUUCCUCGUCAUCGGCGUCAUCCUGUUCUCCAGCGCGGUGUACUUCGCCGAGGCGGACGAGCCCAGCUCGCAGUUCACGAGCAUCCCGGACGCCUUCUGGUGGGCCGUGGUGACCAUGACCACGGUGGGCUACGGGGACAUGAAGCCCAUCACCGUCGGAGGGAAGAUCGUGGGCUCCCUGUGCGCCAUCGCCGGCGUGUUGACCAUCGCGCUCCCGGUGCCGGUCAUCGUGUCCAACUUCAACUACUUCUACCACCGGGAGACCGACAACGACGACCAGGCGGCGGCGCCGGCGCCGGUGGAGAGCAUGCCGCCGGGGUGCCCGUAUUUCCCCGACUUUUUACGGAAGUUUAGAGGCUCGCCCUCGGGCUCCUCCAUGGGCGACAAGGCGGAGUACAUGGAGAUGGAGGAGGGGGUGACGGAGUCGCUGUGCGGGCUGGACAAGAGCCCCAGUAAAGGAAACGGCACAGACAUAGGCAGGAAAAACAGCACGAACUCCAAAUCCAUUCAGACUGACGUGUGA